GCAGCAUAACUAAGAGGUGGUUUCCGUUUGGUAAUCCAGCCCUGACAGCAAACAGUUGCUGUUUAUCAGGAUUUUACGCAUCUUUAACAAGUUUUCUCCACUCUUUGUUUUUAAAAACUUAAACUGCUUUGAAACAAAAUCACUUUAACUUUACAGCAGCGAAUCAACGGCAGCAGGAUGACUGAUUUACAGUUUAUCUUAUUAUGUGGUUUCCUAGCAACGCCAACUCAGACAUGUAGCUAGACGGCUGCGUUGCUUUGAAUGCUUUCAUUUGAAAAAUAUAAAAUAACGCUAAAUACAAAUAAGUACAAUGAAUGUUUCAUGUCUUAAGUAUCAUAAAGUGUUUCGUGUGAUUAUUAAUAUUAAUUAAGGGUGUUUACGUUUUAUGUAAAAGACACCUUGGCCAUCGGCUCUAGGACCCAGGGGCUCGGCAGCCACCAGACACCGGUUGAUGAGAUGGUCCACUCUGCAAUAGCCUACACAUCUAAUUACCCGAGCCAAAGCGUCUGUUCCCCCAAGACCGAGUAGUCGGUGGUGAAGUUACUAGACGGUGAAGGUGGACUCCAAUAACGAGAGAAGCGAGAGCAUUUUUUGCUGUCUUUGUUCGUCCGCGUCACCCUGCACCGUGGCAAGAAAACCCGUUGCUUGUCUCACCGGCGACAACCAUGAGCCAGAGGUUCACCGUCUCCAAGAGCGACGGCGACCGGCGCCCCUCAGACAUCCAGGGGGAGGUGAACCAGCUGUUUGAGGGAGACGAGCCCCCGACCAGUUGCGGCGCGGAGGGGGAUGAUACUGGCGGUACCGAGGUGGUGGUAAUGCUGAAAGGUGACAGUAACCCCAAGGAGAGCAGCCCCUUCAUCAACAGCAGUGAUGCUGCCGCAGAGAAGAGCCAGCAGUAUGACGGCAAGAACAUGGCCUUGUUUGAGGAGGAGAUGGACACCAGCCCCAUGGUGUCGUCUCUUCUCAGCAGCCUGGCCAACUACUCCAACCUGCCCCAAGGUAGCAAGGAGCACGAGGAGGCUGAGAACAACGAGGCUGAGUCAUCACGUAAGAAACCCGUCAAGGCCCCCCAGCUCGGCACUCUGAUGGGCGUUUAUCUGCCGUGCAUCCAGAACAUCUUUGGAGUGAUCCUCUUCCUCAGGAUGACCUGGUUGGUGGGAAUUGGAGGUGUCAUUGGGACUUUCAUCAUCGUCUUCAUGUGCUGUGCCACAACCAUGCUGACUGCCAUCUCGAUGAGUGCCAUCGCUACCAAUGGAGUAGUGCCAGCUGGGGGCUCCUACUACAUGAUAUCCCGUUCGCUGGGCCCUGAGUUUGGGGGAGCAGUGGGGAUCUGUUUCUAUUUGGGGACCACCUACGCUGGAGCCAUGUACAUCCUGGGGGCCAUUGAACUCCUCCUGAUCUACAUAGCGCCCAAGGCGGCCAUCUUUCCCCUGGAGGGCCUGGAGGGUGCCGAGGCAGAGGCCGCCCUGCUGAACAACAUGCGUGUGUACGGGACCAUCCUGUUGACCUCCAUGGCCACGGUGGUGUUUGUCGGUGUGAAGUACGUCAACAAGCUGGCCCUGGUGUUUCUGGCCUGCGUCAUUCUCUCCAUCUUGGCCGUCUACGCUGGGGUCAUCAAGACCGCCGUCGACCCUCCCAUAUUCCCUGUGUGUAUCUUGGGCAAUCGCACUUUGGUGUGGAAGGCCUUUGAUGUGUGUGCCAAGACCGUAGAGACAGCUAAUGGGACAGUCACCACCCAGCUGUGGCGCAUUUUCUGUGAUUCACCUUUCCUCAACGCUACCUGCGACAAGUACUUCGUAGCCAACAAUGUGUCUCAGGUCCAGGGCAUCCCGGGGGUCACCAGUGGAAUCCUGGCAGAGAACCUGUUUGGGACCUACUAUGAUAAGGGGGAUCUGAUUGCCAGAACGAACAUGGAGUCAGUGGAAGACCAGGACGACCCUCUGACCAACGCAAACCGCUAUGUGUUAGCCGACAUCACCAGCUUCUUUACGUUGCUGGUCGGCAUCUACUUCCCCUCUGUGACAGGGAUCAUGGCUGGCUCCAAUCGCUCCGGAGACCUGCGUGAUGCCCAGAAGUCAAUCCCCAUUGGAACCAUUGCAGCCAUCACUACCACCUCCACUGUCUACAUGACCAGUGUGUUUCUGUUUGGUGCCUGCAUCGACGGUGUGGUCCUCAGGGACAAGUUUGGAGAGGGAGUCCACGGGAACUUGGUGAUUGGCACGUUGGCUUGGCCGUCACCAUGGGUGAUCGUGAUUGGCUCCUUCUUCUCCACCUGCGGGGCGGGGCUGCAAAGUCUGACAGGAGCUCCUCGCCUCCUGCAGGCAAUCGCCAAGGACAACAUCGUGCCCGCCCUUCGGAUCUUUGGCCAUGGGAAGGCCAACGGGGAACCCACAUGGUCCCUCCUGCUGACAGCUUGUAUCUGCGAGAGCGGCAUCCUCAUUGCUUCCCUGGAUGCAGUGGCUCCCAUCCUCUCCAUGUUUUUCCUGAUGUGCUACAUGUUUGUGAACUUGGCCUGUGCUCUGCAGACGCUGCUGAGAACUCCAAACUGGAGACCCCGCUUCAAGUUCUACCACUGGACUCUGUCAUUCCUGGGGAUGAGCUUGUGUCUCACUCUCAUGUUCAUCUGCUCCUGGUACUACGCCAUUGUCGCCAUGGUUAUUGCUGGCUCUAUCUACAAGUAUAUCGAGUUCGCAGGUGCCGAGAAAGAGUGGGGUGAUGGGAUACGAGGUCUGUCUCUGAGCGCUGCACGUUACGCUCUCAUGCGGCUGGAGGAAGGUCCCCCGCACACCAAGAACUGGAGGCCCCAGUUGCUGGUUCUGGUUAGUACAGACAGAGAGCAAAAUGUGGAGCAGCCUCGUCUGCUCUCUCUGACCAACCAGCUGAAGGCAGGCAAAGGUCUGACCAUUGUUGGAACAGCUCUAGAGGGCACCUACCUGGAGAACCACGACCAGACUCAACGUGCAGAGCAGGCGCUGCGUAAACUGAUGGAGACUGAGAAGGUGAAGGGCUUCUGUCAAGUAACCGUGUCCUCAAACCUGCGUGAUGCCACCUCCCACCUCCUUCAGGCCAGUGGGCUAGGAGGCCUGAAACAUAACGCUGUGCUGGUAUCUUGGCCACGCAACUGGAGGCAGGGAGAUGAGGACCAGACCUGGAGGAACUUCGUUGAGUUGGUCAGAGAAACCACAGCUGCUCACCUUGCUCUGCUUGUCCCGAAGAACAUCUCGGCCUUCCCGUCCAAUGGAGAGCGCUUUACUGAGGGUCACAUUGACGUGUGGUGGAUUGUCCAUGAUGGAGGCAUGCUGAUGCUGCUGCCCUUCCUCCUCCGCCAGCACAAGGUUUGGAGGAAGUGCAAGAUGCGCAUCUUCACUGUGGCCCAGCUGGACGACAACAGCAUUCAGAUGAAAAAGGACCUGACCACAUUCCUCUAUCACCUCCGUAUUGAUGCCAUGGUGGAAGUUGUAGAAAUGCAUGACAGUGACAUCUCAGCCUACACUUAUGAGAAGACCCUGGUGAUGGAACAACGGUCGCAGAUGCUUAAACAGAUCAACCUGACCAAGACCGAGCGUGAGAGAGAGAUCCAGAGUAUCACCGAUUCAUCCCGUGGGUCUAUUCGCCGUAAGAACCCGGCCGCUGUGACUACCCAGCUGAGUGUGACCGAGGACCCGCCAGCAGCCAGCAAGGAGGAGAAGCCUGAGGAAGAGUCAAAGUCGGCCUCUUCCCCUGUGUCCCCCCCUUCCCAGGUCCAGCUCAUCCACGACAACACCACCCCAGCCAGCCCUGCAACCCCGGCCACCCCGCUGACCCCCGCAGAGGGGGCUCAGAGCCCCGGGGAGCAGGUCCAGAUGACCUGGACUGAGAAGUGCGACGGUGAGCCAGCCAAGCCGCCUGGCGCAGCCACACCAGAGGGCAUCAAAGACAUCUUCAACAUGAAGCCCGAGUGGGAGAACCUGAACCAGUUCAAUGUGCGACGUAUGCACACAGCGCUCCGGCUGAAUGAAGUCAUCAUCAAAAAGUCCUCAGAGGCCAAGCUAGUCCUCCUCAACAUGCCCGGGCCACCCAAAAACCGGACAGGUGACGAGAACUACAUGGAGUUCCUCGAGGUCCUUACUGAGGGUCUCAACCGGGUCCUCCUGGUCCGCGGAGGCGGCCGCGAGGUUAUCACCAUCUACUCCUGAAAGAGUAACCCCCUCCCCCACUACCACCCCACCCCUCCCUCAGCCCUGUUCCUGUGUCACCUGUACUCCCACCCUCUCAUCAACACUGCUUCAUCAUUAUGUCACCCUUGCCGUUUAUUUCUGUAAGAUAGUCCUCUCACACCCAACCAAUAGCCCAGCUCAGCUUCAGCACCUCUCCCUCAGCUCCAUCCCCAGCAGACCAAUGAGCAGUAUCACAUGCUCAGCUACCAAACCCUUCAUUCUAGUCCAGUAAGCUACUAUAACUUUUGUAGGCUCUAGACUAAUUUUGAUGCUAUCUAGAUUUGUUCUAAAAGAGACUUUUUUUUCUUUGUUAGUGUGUAAUCUACUGAAGUAACUCGCAAUGAGUCGGAGUCACUGUAAGGAGGAGGCUGUUGUGGUGGGUGUGGGUUGUUAGCUGAGGUGUGAGCGCACAUGCAUGUAUGUGUCCGUCUUUGCUUAAAUCUCUGCAGAUUCUUUUUGUUUUGUUUUGUUUUGUUUUGUUUAUUCAAAUACAAAUGUGGCAUAGCAGCGGCUUCUGCUCGGAAAGAACGAGAGCCAGCUGAAAUGAGCUCAGUGUAUGAUUGUCUGUUUUGUUCCCUCGUGGUGAUCGGACACCUCCCACAGCGCUCCAGCCUGUUGUCUUUGAUGUGAUUUAUCUUUCAAAGCAAAAGACACUGCUACCCACGGUCAGGACCACCAGCUGGAAGGAGGAGAAUAGAGUCGUUAAGUAUGAACUGUGAAAUUCACAUUGAUAUUCGAAGAAGACUGAAAAAGGCACGUGGAUCAAAUCUGCAGUAUUAUCUUUAACCUGAUCACUCCUGAGCAUGACAUCCUUAUAACUGUGUGUUUUUACCACACGUGUUCUGUUACUGCCAUCACUGUCUCUCUACCAAUUGUCCUUUCAACUCAUUUCUUAGUGGCUGUUUAUCCCUGUGGCCACUGUCAGUGCCAAAAACAAAUACAACAAGGCUAGCUUAGUUUGUAGAGAUUGACACGUAAUUAAACUGUGAAUAGUGUGUUUCCUAGCAGAAGCAGAAGGAUGGUGUGACAGCAGAAUGGGGAGACAGUACAACACCCCCCCCCCUCCGAGGAGAUUAUCAUUGCCAGCACCCCUCGACCCUCGUGUGGAUCACUGUAAAUAAUGUACAAGCUCUGACGCGUUGUUCAGUAUGAGUGUAGUAUUUUUGUGACAUACUAAAAAGCUUCUAGUGGAGAGAAAACGUUCCUUCGCUCAGAGGGACAGCUCAAAAAUGCUGUUUUUAAAAUGUAUUUAUUUAUUUAUUUAUUUGGAUGGCAUAGGCUCCUGUCACUAUGGUAACUGUCAUUGUAACCUCGACAAGCACUGCACCUGCACUGUCCGCCACUGUGCAACACCUGAAAUUUUAAUGAAUUCAUCAAAUUCAUUAAAUAAAAAAAAUACUAAAUGUUAUUUUUUCAUCUAGAGAACAAAUAUGUAUUUAUGUUUAUAGACAGAAGUUACACAUAUUGAUGAAAUAGUUGUAUGUCAUUUUGAUUAUCACUCAAACAUAUAUUGUUGUUUCGCCUAAUUUAGAUACAUUAAAUGUGCCAUAUCAAAGUAUUUUUCAAAGAGAAAUAGUGAACAAAAAAAAUCUAUUGCUUAAAUCAGAGAGAACAAAGCGUGCUAAAAAAAAAGAAGCAAAAUGAGGUGUCUACAUGAAACUAGUAUGGUGAUGACACUGUAGUUGGAAAGUCACCCUAUAGAUAAUAAGAGAAUAGCUGUUCAGACCUCCCUAAAAACUACCAACGCUCAGAUUUGACGUAGGCAUAUCAGCUCUUACCAAGGUGAGAUUCUGAACAUCUAUCGAUUGUUUAUAGGGUCUAGUCUAAAUAAAUAGAGAGGACAAUGGCUUCUGUAGCUGGGAAACUCACUUUGUCCACAAGCCUGAACUCUAUGCAGUAGACUCUCCAGUGAGAUUUUAUAUCCUUUAGAUUGGUUAAGAUUUGAGCCACACAUGUCCCUGACUGAAUGACUUGUGAGCAAAUCAUAUUUUGGUUCAAAAAGUGCAUCUUGGAAGGAAUGUGCAAUAGUUGAAAUCCGGACUCAUGUGAUCAUGUUAUUUAUUUUUUUACACAUAUAUUUUGUAUAUGUAGAUUUCGUAAGUCUUAAAAAAAAAAAACAGAUUCAUCUCACUCUGACCAAGGACAGCUGUCACUUUACUUUUAUUUUGGUUUCUUUUCUUGAAGAAACUGUUUUUGGUCAUUUGCACUUGUAGUAGAAAUAUGAAUAUAAAUAAAUACGUAUAUAUAUACAGUAUAUACAAUAUAGGGAAGCAAAACAAAUUAGUUUCUAGAACUAUUUAAAAACAGUAUUAAAUGUUUUUAGUGUUGCUUGAAUGUCUGACCAUAUGUUGUGAAUGCUGCUAGUAUCAAUAGAUUUAUUUGUAUUGUAAAUAGAGAUGACUAAAGCAACAUUAAAGAUCAAGUGGAAAAGGGUAUAGACAUACAUAUCAGUGGUGGUGGUUGUCAAACAAGACAAGGCUGUACCUGUAAACAUUUGGCCUGUGAUCUCUGGACAGGGUUAACUUUCUGUUUUAUUAGAAGACUAUACUGAAUACCUUGAUGCAAUAUUACAACUAAGGGCAAAUCAGCCACCCUUUUAUUCUCUUUUUAAAAGAAAUGCUCUCUUGAUUAUUACCAUCUUUACCCUAAGUAAAGUUAACCAACUUUAAGAUAUACAGAAAGAGAUUUACAGAAAUCACCAAAUGUUUAAAUAUGAAUAUUUCUGGAUUAUCUGCUAAACUUUACUGUUUGCAAAUUUUUAACACACCUACCUUUGACACCUGUGAUACUUAAGAAGCAGCCACUCCUAGUUUUCAGAGAUUUUAGGGUGCCAAGUGAAGAUUUUCUUUAAUAUGCUUGUCACACUUAACACUGACAAAGGGGUUGUUUAACGCUCACAUCAGUUUUUGAAGAACAUGGCUAUUUUGGGAUUGUCUCCACAACAUUGCCUGCAUCAACUGAGCCUUUUCAAUUUAUUCAAAAGAGAAGAUAUCUGAUGUUUAUUGAAGAGGUUUAUUGGAAAUGCAUUUAUUUAUUGAAUUAUAAAUGUUUUAUAAUUGCUGUUUGCAUGGUACUAUGUGGCAAUAUUUGUUUUAGUGGUUUCUAUAGUGAUGACUUACAUGUUCAAGGUGCAGAGUGGGGCAAAAGGUUGUCAAAUGUUCUCAUUGAGUUAUAGAUUUUGAAGUGGCGACAUGGCUAGACCUUGAAAACAAGUCUUUUGCAAAAAAUAAGACAAACUAUGAGUUCACUAUAUUGUUACUUGUUAUAUUUUAAUCUUGCUCAAGUAGUCUUAUGUAACGUAAUAGGAGAUUUUGAGUUUGCAAAUGAAUGAAAUGGUCAUUUCACCUUUGUAAAUAUAUAUCACUUAAGUCAGAGACACUGUAA